UGUCCUAUAUCACCUGCAGUGCUGCCUGUCUCCAGCGUGAAGACAUCAAGUCGCAGCUCAAGAGACACGCCUCCAUGGCUGCAUGGCGAGGCGCUGGCCGGGUUCAGUUGGCGCGGCAGAGCAGCUAAGGUCGAAUCAAUGUCCUCCUUUUCCCCCGUGCCGCGCAAGAGCCACAUCAUCUUCCGACCGACGUGGAGCUGCACCGAGUGUGCCCGACGAAAGGUGCGAUGCGACAAGCAGAUCCCUUGCCAGCCAUGCGUCAAGCGCGGCACGCAGGACAGAUGCUCGCGCGGGGCUGCCGUCGAUGGCGUCGCUGUGCGGGCGUCCGAGGAGGGCCUAGGCAGUGAUACGGCCGUCGACGAGGCCCAGGUCGCCGCGUCGCAGGAGAGUCACGAGCAGCUGACAGCCGUCGUGGCGCAGCUGCUUCGCCGUGUGGACCGUCUGGAGCGACAGCAGGCCACCUCGUCGUUCUCUACAGCGCCUAGAUCGGCUCAAGUUGUGGACACGGCUGCUGCUGCUGCUGCUGCCACCGCCGCUGCUGUUUCUGCUGCAACGUCAUCAUCGCCGUCGGCUAGUUUUCCCCAGGCCGAGUCGCCGUCGUCCGCGUCCACGAUCGGCCAUGCGCCUCUCGCCAUCGCAACGACGACGUCCAACAGCCCGGCGUCUCCCACAAAGUCCUCACUGGUCUCGACGCAGCACCUUGCGCAGGAAGAGGCGCACCAGGGCAACGGCGAGGAGACCUCGGUCACCAUCGAGUACCUCGCCCUGGGCAAGAAUCGCAGGCUGGGCAUCCUGGGCGUGUCGCGCGACCCACACACGGCCACAGCGCCGACGACGAACCUGCUCGAGUGGCCACACGAACUGGCCCUCGUCCCCGCGGUGGCAGCGAUGCUCCUGCCCGACCGUGCUCUGCGCUACAUUCUCACCUUUCACACCGAUGCUGUUCAAUGGCAGCACGCCUGCAUCCACUCGCAGACAUUCGAGCGGCAGGCCCAGGACUACAUGGACAUUGGUGUUGCGGGUGGGCCAGACGACGAUGAGGGCGACUUAAACGACGAGACGCGAAAGGCGCGGCGCUGGCACAGCGUCGACACGCUCUGGCUCGCGCUGCUGCUCAGCAUACAGACGAUCACGCUGCACCAGAUGCCUGCCGAGGACAUCCGCUCCCUCUUUCCCGGUCGCAAGCGCGAUGCCCUCGUCGACGACAGCCUGGCCGCCGUGCGUGCCUGCCUGGACGCGGGCGACUUUAUGCGCCGGCCCAACUUCUUCGCCUGCCAGGCCAUCGCCAUCCUCUCCGUCUGCGGCCACAACGUCGUCGACUCGAACCUGCUCUCGUCGCUCCUGGCCGUGGGCAUCAAGACGGCGCAGAUGCUCAACCUCCACGUGCUUGGCGCCGAGAGCGAGCGGGUGCGGCGCGAGGUCGAGGCGCUCGCGGCAACGGGUGUGCAUGCAGACGGCGCCCUGCGACGGCGCCUCGUCACGCUCGAGAUGGGCAAGCGCGUGUGGUGGUCCCUGACCCAGCAGGACUACUUUGCCAUUCCCUUUCGCGGCGUCUCGCUCGUGCACCCGCACCAGCACGACACGCCGUUUCCCAGCAACGUGCUGGACACCGACCUCGGGCGCGGCUGCUGGCGCCUGCUCGACGACUCGGAGCUGUCGCUGACGCUCAAGCAGCGCAUCACCUCUGUCUCUGCCGAUGUCCUCUGCCGCUUCUUCAAUGCCCUGCCUCGGUCGGGCGCCACCCUCGCGGACCACGUGGAACCAUACGAGGCAUCGCUCCUGCGGCUGCUGCCCAGCCACAGCCAGGGCCACACGAUCCCACGCUCCUCGGACCCCCGGCUCACCUUUGGCGCCGCACUGGCCCGCUACCUCAACAUCAGCGUGCGCCACAAGAUGCUCGUCGUCCACCGUGCCUUUUGUGGGCGCUCGCCGGCUAUCCCGGGCGAGCUGCAGCGCUCGCAGCGCAUCGCCGUCGACCUUGCCCGUGCCAUUCUCUCGCACUGCCACAUGGGCGCCACCUCUACGCGGCCGGGCAGCGCGCUGCUGGCGGCCAUGUGGACGACGGCCUACCACGCCGUCGCUGCAGCCACUGUCCUGGCCAUGGACAUGCUCGCCCAGCCGCGCGACAGGUCGGCCUCGUGGGCCCGCAGACGCGAGGUGGAGCAGGCCCAGGAGGUGCUACGGUCCAUGGCAGCACGGAGCCCGAUUGCGGCGCGCGGCGUCAGCCUGCUCACGUCGCUCCUCCAGCAGCACGAGGCCGGGCCCCAGGCGAGGGACACGGCCGUGAAGACUGUGUCCUGGCAAGACGAGGAGCGGGGUCGCAAUGCGCCGGCGCAGAAGAGAGCCCGGCUGGCGGAGCCAGAUCGCAGCAGCGUAGAGCUGCCCGGGCAGCAGGAGGAACCCGUCUGGACCGAUGCAGGCGCAGGUGCGCCGCUCGAGUGGGACCAGUUCCAGGCCAUCGUCAGCAUGCUUGAGCAUGUCCCGGACAUGGGCAGUCUCUUUGACGGCAGCCUGGGCGAUCCGUUUGCGUCGACGUGAAUCACAUUGUACUCUUCCACUCAAGCAGUCUUUAUGUACAGUACAUCUAUUC